CUAUAUUUACUGGAAUUUGAAAAGAAUUUGCCUAUGCAUUUCUGAAAUACAAGCCUUUUGGAACAGUGACUGGAGAAACUGAAGUUUGAAAUCCAUCACUGGUGAAUCUAAAUAAUAUUGCAUAUCACACAGAGUGGACAAGCCAUGAUCUAAGACUUACAGUUCAACUCUUCAGGGAUUCCUGCGUGGCCUUUGAAAUCCUGCACCACGUUCAAGAAAAUUUGGUACAAAUGGGUUAUAAUUCCACACAUAUUCAACAAUCAGCGGCCUCUUUAAUUGUUUUACCUAUCAUUUAUAUCUUUCUAUGCAUUCUAGGACUUUUGGGAAACAUACUCUCACAAUGGGUAUUUUUGAGAAAAAUUUCUAGGAAAACAUCAACACACAUGUACUUAAUAAAUCUGGUGACUGCAAAUUUGCUUGUAUGCAGUGCUAUGCCUUUUAUGAGUGCCUAUUUCAUGGAAGGAUUUAAUUGGAUGUACAGUUCAACAAAAUGCAAAGUAGUCAAUUUUUUGGGUACUCUGUUCUUGCAUGUCAGCAUGUUUGUCAGUCUCACCACUUUAAGCUGCAUUGCCAUAAGCCGUUAUGCCACUCUUAUGAAAAAAGACCUCACCCAGGAAGAGAAUGCCUCAUUCUAUGAAAAAGUAUUUUAUGGACGCAUACUAAAAAAAUUCUGCCAGCCCAACUUUGCCAAAAAGGUGUGCGGCUUUAUAUGGGGGGCUGUAUUGGCCACAGUAAUUCCAGUUAUUAUUUAUUACUCUGCUGUGGAGCUUUAUGAAGAAAAUGGGAAAAUGUGCUACAAUGAAGUGGCAGAAUGUGGUGCUGGCGUUUCUGGUCCUGCAAGACUUGUUGGAACUGCAUUUAUUGGUUUUUGUUUCCUAGUGGUACUGCUAUCAUAUUAUUCUUUUGUCAGCUAUCUGAGAAAAAUAAGGAAAAGCACAUCUAUUACAAAGAAAUAUUCCACUUAUUGUUCAGUGAAAAGACACCUUUCAGUCAUUCAAUUUCUACUGAUAAUUUGCUUUCUUCCAUACAGUAUUUUUAUGCCCAUUUUUUAUGCCCUAAACAAGACAAAUGACAGCCAACAACUGGGGUAUUUAGUGGAAAUAAAAAAUUUCCUCAUCUGUCUUGCUGCUGCCAGAAGUAGCACAGAUCCCAUUAUAUUCCUUUUACUAGAUAAAACAUUUAAAAAGACACUAUAUAAUCUCUUUAGAAAGGCCAAUUCACCGCAUUAAAGCAAUUGAUCUUUACAUCAAAUCCACUAUGGAAAUGGGGAAAGUACCCAUGCAAACAUCAAUGACAAACUGGAUGAUUAAUAACACAACUCUGCUGAUAUAAUAAAGUGCAAAAAGACAUUUGACAUCUUA